AUGGUUAAUGUGGAGUGAGCUUUUUCGGCCCAAAUAGGAAUUUAUUCGAAAUUUAGCGCUCCAGAACUAAAGUCUGUGAUUCCUCAGGAGAAACCGCCAAGUAAUGUCAAGAGAUUGAACAUCAAUCCCGAAGAAUUGGUUCCGCCGCACAUGAUCAAAACUUUAACGUUUCCUAUCGAUUGUGCGGCUCUUCAGGUGAAUGAGAAUGCCCAAAUUUUAGAAUUUUGCUGUCUGUGAAGGAAAAUUUAUUGUUUCUAGUUAAAUCUUGACGCAAAAAAACUAUUCAAAAAUUUUUAUUUUUCUUCAUGAUAAAGUUUUCAAGUGUUAUCGGAAAUUAUCGCUGAAUGAACUUAUUGGAGAAAAGCUGAACUUAUAUCAAAAUUUUUCGAAAAGGUCUUUUUUUUCCAAGCAUACGAAAAAAUCGUGAAGUUUGGGCUGAAUAUGGUGCCAAUAUAUUCGCUUUACUGAGGCGGAUGUGAUUGCCUGAUAACUAUUUGCCGCUCUCACAUAAUUCGACGUAAUUCAAAAUGUUUAGUUUGAUUUUCUUGGUCUUCAAAGUGAAAAACAUCUCCCAUUUAAAAUUUCGCAGAAUCCAACGUUUAAGUACCGUGUCCAAAGUGAUUUUGCGAGGUUCGAAAUUAUCCUUGAGUCUCUCCCAAACUUUUUCAUUCUUUCCUCUUUUUUAAAAUUUAAUUUGGAAUUUUGCGAAAAAUAAAAACUUUUUUUUUCUAAUGAAUUUUUUUUUGAGCGCAUAAGUAUCCCCUUUGCACUGCAAUCUGGAGCAUUUUCAGCCCCGUCUCCGGGACUUCAAAAUGACGGAGAAGGGACUUUUGAUCCUUGUGCCCUCCUACAUGACGCCGCCGUUGGAGUACGCCGACCGGCUGAUCAGUAUCAAUCGGACCAAAAUCAAAACGCCACAGGAGCUGAUGGACUUCCUGACCGAGGCCAACAAGAGCACCAAGCCGCAUACGGUGUGUACCCAGAGUUUUCUCCUCAAUUCAUGUUCUACACCUUGAGAUUGAAACCUCUCUUCAGGAACGUGUUCUAAUCAAAAUCGAUCGAUUUCCGUAGCCUGAUAAGGUAUUGACUAUAAUUAAUUCAUAGUUAUUUAAUAUUUACAUGGGAGGUCAUUUUAGCGUAGGGUUCAGAAUUUUUUCUAAAUUUGCUCAAACAAUCUUUGAUGGACUGGGAAUCGAUCCCCCAUAGUCGCUAUCUGCACAAACUUUUUGUUUUGGAGAUAUGAUUUUUCAAAGUUUUUAUCCUUAACCAUGUGACGCCAUUUGGAAGGAAUGUGGCCGCGCCACCAACCACUGCAUAGCAGCUAAGAGCGUGGUGCAGUGGCUAGCGUGUUAGCCUGCGGAGCCUAUUAUGAAGGUUCGAAUCCUUUUGCCACUAACUUUUUUUUGCCAUUAUUUUUUUUAAGAGUUCUGAUGAGAAUAUUAAAAUUUCAUGAGUAAAACCUUUCCAAAUAAGUCGAUAGCUAUUUUUCUUUCUAAAAUCGCUUUUUUUAUGGACAAUAGUUAUGUAAACUUUCUGAAGUUGUGGCGGACUUCACAUCAUCAGAGAAUUUUCCCAAAAACAUUUUGCUCAAAAGAUUUUUAGAUUCCUGAAAAUUUGAAAAUCUGGAUUAGGAUGGAAAUGGGGUUUUGGAAAUUUUUCAAUAAAAACUCGGAUGACAGGUAAGUUUUUCAUACUCUGUAAAGAUGUUUCUCCAGAAGUAAGGCAGAAAUUGGCUAUUGAAAUAUUGAAAAAGCCACUGUUAUUUAUCACAACCAAGACAUGCGAAGAUCUUCGAUGAAGGUUCAGCGCUUUUUUUGAAACAUUUUUUUCGCUGAUUUUUCAAAAAAAUAGUCUCUGAUGAUGUGAAGUCUGCCACAACUUUAGAAAUUUUUCAUGAUUUUUUUUCAUCAAAAAAAGCGAUUUUAGAAAGAAAAUAGCUAUCGAACUUAUUUGGAAAGGUUUUACUCAUGAAAUUUUGAUAUUCUCAUCAGAAUUCUUUAAAAAAAUAAUGGCAAAAAAAGUUAGCGGCAAAAGGAUUUGAACCUUCAUCAUAGGCUCCGCAGGCUGACACGCUUGCCACUGCACCACGCUCCUAGCUGCCAUGCAGUGGUUGGUGGCGCGGCCACAUUCCUUCCAAACGGCGUCACAUGGUUAAGGAUAAAAACUUUGAAAAAUCAUAUCUCCAAAACAAAAAGUUUGUGCAGAUAGCGACUAUGGGGGAUCGAUUCCCAGUCCAUCAAAGAUUGUUUGAGCAAAUUUAGAAAAAAUUCUGAACCCUACGCUAAAAUGACCUCCCAUGUUAGUUGAUUCAAACUGAUUUCGUUCCAAAUUAAGAAAAAAAAAAUCAUAAUUAGUCUGGCUUCUUUAAAAAAAAAUUUCGCCAGUUUUACGGACUUUUAUUUAUUUAUUUUUUUGUUUCAGCUCCUGUUCAAAGUGAGACGGAUAAUGGGAAUCGAAGAGUACACCAACAAGAAUGAUCUACCGUCAAACUGCGCCCUCAAAAGAGAUGGUCCGAAAAGAGAGGAGGAUGGCUACGAGUAUUACAAGUCGAAGCGAUUUUUAAACCUGUGAAUACGUUCCUUAUUUUUCAGAAUGACAGUUGUCAAGUACCCAAAGAGCAAGCUUGGUUUGAAUGUCAAGUCUUUUAAAGAAGUGGUGAGCUAUGAAAAAUUGAAAAGUUCACGAGAUCUGAAAAAAAACUUUAGGGGUCACUUUGGUCUUUUAGGAGCAAUGGUUUUCUUGACAAAUUAAUUUUUUUUCUGAAGCUUGAAAAUUAAAAUUUUGUUUUUUGGAAACGCAAUAAUCAAUGGAAGACGUCGUAGUUUUUCCUUUUAAUCGGUCAUAACAUCGUUCAUAGACCUCCUAGGUUGUUUUUGAGCACUUUUUGGAAUCAAAGUGGUAUACGGUAAUAAAAGAGAUAGAGUCUGGUUGAUAGAGUGCGCAGAAAGGCCACGCCUAUUUGCGUUUCAAACUAGCUGUGGAUUGGCUGUAGAGUUCCUAUAGCGUGGACCUAGCAUCUCAGACUGCUUCAGUUAUGGUUUUCUCCUGAGCAGGCACUAGAAACCCAUUUCAAACGGGAACUUAUAAAUAACUGUUCCCGAUUUAUGAGCACGUUCCAUGAGGACAUAUCUAAAUUUUCCGAUAGAAGUUGAUAUCAAUGAAACUUCAGGUCUACGUCGACAUGAUGGACAAUAAUUGGGAAUCCACCAUGCGACGACAUUUAUUCGUCGGUGACGCGAUUCUGAAAAUAGGCGAUCGAGAGGUUCGCGACGUCAAAACCUGCGAGGGGCUACUCAUCGAAAAACUCUCUCAAAAUGGCGUGGUUCGAAGGAAAAGGAAGCGUCGGCUAGCUUGAUGCCGAAUUCAGACGACGUUGUUGAUCGAGAGAGCUGUUUCGCCGAACGCCGUCUUGUUUGUCCGUUCUGUCCUCACCUUCAACAAAGUCGAAGAUCCUCAACUGCCUAGUGACGUCAUCAAGAUUUGCUUGUGUGUAGUUUGGACCUUCUGGCUACUUCAGUUUUUUUUUUCGUUUUUAUUCUUGAACCUUACUGAUCCUUGGAAUCAAAAAACAGUUGUGUAUUUUCAGUUUUUUAUUUUAAAACUUUUUUCUGUUUUUCAAAACAAAAAGGAGCAUUUUUUAAAUCAGAAUUUUACGAAAAUCUCAUUUUUCCGCUUCGAAAUUUUUGCUAGGAUUUUUUUUCUUCUAAAGCUUACUAAAGUUUUUUUCACUAAGCUAUGAAGUUGAUAAGUUCACAGAAAAGAGAUGGAACAUCUGAUAAGCACUGGUUUUGGACCCGAGCCUAAGCCGAUCUACAAAGAUCCUGUUGAGAAAACUCCUUCGGCGUGAGAAUUUUCAAAUAGUUCCUGUCAGGACAUUUUUUCUUCAGAAAGUCCCCAAGGGUCACCUUUUCCAAGAAUUUCAAUAAAUACGUCAUUGGUAACGAUCAGUACAAUCCGGCGACGAUGAUGGUUGGUUUUUCGAAAAUACAUUUUGUAAAUUUGAUAAAAGUUGAACAUAAGUUUCUUUGCUAUUAGAAAAAAUAGAUUCCGAAAGUCGUAUUCUGCAAAACUUCCUAGUUUUUGAAAAACAAAAUUUUCAAAAUAAAAAAAUCAUCAGAUGUUCAAACCUUAUUUUCUCUUUCAAGUAUGAAAUUAAGAAGUUUUCUAGCCAAUUUUGAGCAAAUUUUUUACCUCAAUUAGUGAUAUAACUGAUUUAACUUGAGACGCGGAGGGGGCGUGGCGUGCUCUCCAACAACCAGGCACUAUCUCUUUUAUUAUCGUGUCAGGACCCUUUUUUUUUGAUAGCUCAAGCCAGCCGUGAAUCAGCUAUAAACCUUCAUCAUGGGCUUUUUCCAAGGAAUGCAAUUUUUUUCAGAAAGUUCCAAGCCUGACGAUCCCUUCCAACGUGGAAAAGGCGAUGGGACGGCAGCCGCAGCAGCAUUCCAGCUGA